CAAAUAUUUUCUAUCCCAUUAUCACGUCACCAUAUGACCACUCCAAGAAAUACAAUGCGCAUCAUCGAGAUUGGAUGAUUUUCCAAAUGCUGAAUUCAACUUCUCAGGCUAGGGAAAUCUAGAGCCCGUAGUUAUCUCAUGGUUGCGACCGUAGCCUUCGUAUAUCAAAUCGCCGGGCCACUUAGAAAGCAUAGAACAAUGGCCCAGGUACUAGCUAUCAUCAAUGAUUCGGCCUCAUCUGAAUUAUAAAUUAUCAUGGUUCAAUAAAGUCGCGUCAACACUUCUUGCCCGUAUCCUCGCAUCAUACAAGCAUCUAUGAGCUUAACUAAACCCACAUCUCUCAUCUACAUAAUCUUACUUCCCUAGGAUAAUAGCAAUAUCAAACACUGGAACGCAUACCUAGCUAAUUCAAACCUCAAGAUGGCACCUGGAAAGAAAGUUCUCAUUGUAGGACCAGGCUUCAUCGGCUGGGCCGUGCUUGAUCUAUUAGCAAAGGAGAACUAUGAAAUCACGGGGUAUGUCAGGAGGAAAGAACACGCGGAUCAGAUCAAGGCUUCAGGGGCCACAGAUACGGUGCUUGGUGACCUAAACGACAAGGCAUUAAUUACGAAACACGCGUUAUCCCAUGACAUUGUGAUUCACACAGCCACCGCAGACCAUCUCCCAAGUGUAGAAGCCAUCUUGGAAGCCGUCCAGCAGCGAGCUGAAAAGGGGCUGAGCACGAUCUAUAUCCACACUUCUGGAACGUCAUUAAUAGACGACGGGGCAGCAGGGGCUUAUAAGGGAGACAAGGUGUACCAUGAUAACAUCGUGUCUGAGAUCGACUCCGUUUCUGACAAUGCGCCGCAUCGACAAAUAGACCUUGCUAUCGUCAGGGUCCAAAAGAAGCUAAGGGAGAAAGCCAAAAUCGCCAUCAUGAUCCCGCCCACCAUCUACGGUUACAACCCGCACCACGGACGACUUUCAAUCCAGAUCCCGGUGCUCACCCGGUACGCCCUUAAGCACGGAUAUGCGGGAUACGUAGGCGCUGGCCUCCCCGUCGAGAGCAACAUCCACGUGAAUGACUUAGCGAGGGGCUACAUCACCCUGCUACACCACCUGGAGUCCACACCGGCUAAUACCCCCGAUAUCCUCGAGAACCCGUACUACUUCUGCGAAAUGACAGGAGACAACGAACCGAGCUGGCAAGAUAUCGCGUCGCUCAUCGGAACGGAACUCCAUAAGGCCGGUCUCAUCCCUGACUCGAAGACGCGCACGAUCCCGCCCGAGAACUACGGCGACCUGUUCAUGGACUUCACACCUGUUGCCAUCGGCCUUAAUAGCCGUAGCCGAGCUGUGCGGUUGCGGGAGUUGGGGUGGAAACCCGUAGAGAAGAGCUUGAGCGAGAGUUACAUACAGGACGAGCUGGCGGUGAUUUUGAAGGAGGAUGUGGACCGCAAGGCUUUUGAUGGAUACCACGGGGUUGUUGCUAGUUGAAGAGGUUAUACUUAGACUACUAAUAGUUAUAAAUUUGUUGCCUUGUUGUUACCCCUCG